AAUAAGUCUAACCGUUUUUCUUUCUUUCCGAUCUAUUGGCUGGUGAGUGGCGCCCAACUAGAAAAGUCAAGAAGACCUAUAAUCUGAAACUGAGGUUUACUGUGCACUUCUGUGGAAAUGGACACACUUUCUCAGGCAAAACAAAAUCAGCUUGUGCUUCAGUCCCUGAAACAGGAUUGUGAACAAGCUUUAUCUGCCUUGAGGUUGCUAUGCAACUCGACUCAUAGUUGUUCGACUGUGAGUUCCAAUAUGAAUUCAGAAAGCCAGAAGUCACUUAAUGAAGAAAAAAUUCCGAUACUUGAAGCUACCUUAAAACAGAUUGAGAAGGGUUUGGAAGAUACAGAGGAUUUGUUUAUGCAUGUCAAACACAUUGAACAACUGGAAACCGAAUUAAUGACAAUGAGGUUACAUAGUCGACGGUUGUGCGAAGAAAAUCGUUGGUUACGAGAGACGUUAAAGUGCACUCAAUCAAAACUAAAAGAAAGUGAAAUGUUACUUGCUCAGAGUGAGGUGGAAAAGGAACAGCUUAAAUUUAUGCUGGAUAUGAAGAGAUAUGAUGACGUGUCUUCUAAUAAUUUUGAAAUCGAUCAGAAAGGUGACCCACCAAUAAUGAUGUCAUCUGUUCUCGGUCUAAUGAGUACAUCAAAUCAUACCAAAGUUUCUAAUCAAGUCGAUCGACCACUUACGCAAAACAGAUUACGAAAGUCAAGUGCCACUAGUUUAUCAUCAUUUUCUACAUGCAAUCAGUUGGAAAUGAGUGGAUUUAUGAAUUCCAGUCUGUUGGAUACAGAUUUAGAUUCACUAUCAGACAAUCGUCAUCGUGAUAGUAAUGCUUUGCCCGGUAUGCGCGAGCAUCAGAAUUUUCAGUCAGGACUUAAGACAAUACAUCAUAUCGUUGCAAGAUAUAAAAGCCUAGGAAAAUAUGAUGUUGCAGCAUCUUUGUGCCUACAAAUUAUUCGAAACUUAGAAAAGUCUGGUGGUCGUGAUCAAGCUCAGAUUGCUACUCUUCUUGCUAUUUUAGCUGAGGUUUAUCGGGAACAAGGUAAAUACGAAGAUGCUUGUGAUCUCCUUAAACAAGCGGUAUGUAUACGGGAGAAGACAUUAGGGCCAAAUCAUAUGUUGAUAGCAUCUACCCUAAACAAUUUGGCUGUUCUACAUGCUAAACUUGGUCAAUACGCGGAAGCUGAACCAUUAUGUCGACGUGCACUUAGUAUACGUGAAAAUUUAUUUGGUGCAGAUCAUUUGGGUAUUACAAAUCAGCUGAACAAUUUGGCUCUGCUUUGUCAAAAUCAAGGCAAAUUUGAAGAGGUGGCAUCCAUAUAUCGGCGCAAUUUAGAUAUAUAUUCAAAACAUCAUAAACCGUCAUCACCGAUAAUGCGCAAAGCUAAAAGAGACUUGGCUUCUGUUCUAUUGAAACUUGAUAAUGUAAAAGAAGCUGAAUCUCUCCUGAAAGCAGUCUUAACACCAGAUCAAUAUAAUUCUUCCCUGCAACCAAAAAACCAAGAGAACAGUUUAUCACAAUCAGAGAGUGUCGACCAAGAUUCUGCAAUUUAUUCUUUAUCCCCACUUAGCAACAGUGAUCGUGGAGUGUACAUAGAAGGUGUUUCACCGUGUAAUUCAACAGAACCAUCUAUCCUAAUGAAUUCACCCGAACGACGAGUUGAACCUUUAUGGGUUAUCGUGGAACAAUAUGUUAAAGACAGUGAUAUCAGUCAGAAGUUUUCACUUGUUAAAUGGGCAUCAGAAGCAAAAAUAGAAUUAUCCGUUGUCUAUAGUGCAGUUCGAAAUUUGGCCAAUGUUUAUCAGAGGCAAGGAUUCUAUUCUUGUGCAUGUUUAUUGCGAGAAUGGCUUCAAAUGGAAUUACCUGAGCUUACUGAAUCUGCAUCACGUUCACAUCAUACAUCUAUGGUGUGACAGAAGUUUUUAAAAGUGUUUCAAGCCUUCAUUAUAAUAAUAAAUUGUACACAUAUGAGAUGGUUCCCGAGUAACACUGAGAAACAAUAAACCCCAAUGAAGCUACCAAUUUUCUUCACAACGAUCUGGAAGACACAUUGUUAGCUGCAUAUAACGGUUUAUUCACUUAACAAAAAUUUAGAACCAAGCAUGUUAACCUUCCUUUCUGACUGUUAUCAUAUAAUGCAUAGUCAGUUUGUUAUCAGUCAUUUUCUGAAAGGUUUCACUUGUUAGAAAACUUUCAACUUUCUUGCAUUUAUUCGAGGUUUGAAAUCUUUCGCGCGUUCAUUGUAUUUGCUGUUCAUUCAUUCAUUCAUUUAUUUGUUUUAUUUUAUUUUUCACAAACAGAAUAUAGUCUCAGAUACAUCCUUUCUAAUAUAUUCUCUUUUUGGCAAAUAAGAUGAUUCGAAAAAAAUUCAUUGGAAUAUAUUUGCAUUUAUAAUUUCGCUUUAUUUGUGUAACUAUAUUAUUCUUUGCAAUUUUUAAAAUUGACCACUAUUUCAAAUGCUUUCCAUUUUCUGAAAGUGAAGGACAAAUAUCCAUGUGGUAUAAAUCUGAAAAGGCAUAUGUCAGCAAAAAAAAAAAACUCUUUUCGCAACUUCACUUCAAAGUUGUACAGUUUCAGGGUGUUCUUAAGGGUCAUGUAAAUGCCAGUAAAGGACAGUUAUUAUUAUCAGUUGGCAGAAAAUAAAACAUGAAAAAAU